GCUGGGAGCCCUGCAGCCAGGGCUACGGGGCGGGGGCGUCGCGGCUGUCUGGUCCCAGCCUGACUUUAAAAUUACAGACCCCUCUGCCAGUUCACUCAGCAAGUGUUACUAGUUCGGCAGCCCGACAGUGGGUUGUCCAACAGGUUCGUGAGGCCGGCUUGCUCACUGCGUGUUCAGGAAGCAGGGGCCUGGGAGUCCACUGAUGAGCUGUAAAUUCGGCGCCAGGCCAUUGAUUUCCCUGGACUCACGUUUAAAUGGAGGAGCCUGACUUAUCCAGCCUCUGCCACCAUCGCGUGGAUAGUUUUUGCCUCUCUGGCCUCAUCCUUCGUAACAUCGUGCUUACUACAAGACACGGAGGUGCACCUCGUCACUGCUUUGUCUUGAAGACAGAACGAUGCCGAAGAAAGCAAAGCCCACAGGGAAUGGGAAGGAAGAGGGGUCUGUUCCCUGCAAGCAGGUGAAGAUAGAGGCAGCUGGUGGACCCUCCUCUAUUUUAAAUUUUGAAAGCCCCAGUGAUCUGUUUGAAAGUUUAAUCUCGCCCAUCAAGACAGAGACUUUUUUCAGGGAAUUCUGGGAGAAGAAGCCCCUUCUCAUUCAGAGAGAUGACCCUGCAGUGGCUACAUAUUACCGGUCCCUGUUCAGGCUGUCAGAUCUGAAGAGUCUAUGCAGCCGGGGUAUGUACUAUGGAAGAGACAUAAAUGUCUGCCGGUGUGUCAAUGGGAAGAAGAAGGUUUUAAAUAAAGAUGGCAAAGUGCACUUUCUUCAACUGAGAAAAGAUUUUGAUCAGAAAAGGGCAACAAUUCAGUUUCACCAACCUCAGAGAUUUAAGGAUGAGCUUUGGAGGAUCCAGGAGAAGCUAGAAUGCUACUUUGGCUCCUUGGUUGGCUCGAAUGUAUACAUAACCCCUGCAGGAUCCCAGGGCCUCCCACCCCAUUAUGAUGAUGUCGAGGUUUUCAUCCUGCAGCUGGAGGGGGAGAAACACUGGUGCCUUUACCACCCCACUGUGCCCCUGGCACGAGAGUACAGCGUGGAGGCCGAGGACAGGAUUGGGAGGCCGACACAUGAGUUCACGUUGAAGCCGGGUGAUUUCCUGUACUUCCCCAGAGGGACCAUUCAUCAAGCGGACACUCCUCCAGGUCUGGCCCACUCUACUCACGUGACCAUCAGCACCUACCAGAACAAUUCAUGGGGAGAUUUCCUUUUGGACACCAUGUCGGGGCUUGUGUUUGACACCGCAAAGGAAGAUCUGGAGUUCCGGGCUGGCAUACCCCGGCAGCUGCUCCUGCAGGUGGAAGCCACAGCUGUUGCAACAAGAUUAAGUGGCUUUCUGAGGACCCUUGCAGACCGCCUGGAGGGCACCAAAGAGCUGCUUUCAGCAGACAUGAAGAAGGAUUUUGUUAUGAACAGACUUCCCCCUUACCACAUGGGAGACGGAUCAGAGUUUUCAACGCCAGGUGGACAGUUACCAAGGUUGGACAGCACAGUGAGACUGCAGUUUAAAGACCACACCAUCCUCACAGUAGGGCUGCAUCAGGAUCAGUCUGACGGAACUCAGGAAAAGAUGAUUUACAUCUAUCAUUCCUUAAAGAACAGGAGAGAGACACACAUGAUGGGAAAUGAGGAAACAGAGUCUCAUGGACUUCGCUUUCCUUUAUCACAUAUGGAUGCACUGAAGCAAAUUUGGGGCCAUCCAGCUGUUUCUGUCAAGAACCUGAAACUUCCUACAGAUGAGGAAAAGGAAAAUCUGGUGUUAUCCCUCUGGACAGAAUGCUUAAUCCAGGUAGUCUAGUGCCUUUCCAGAAUUGAGAAUGGACCAUCUGUUACAUACGUAUGAGAAGAGGAGGAGCAAACAUUUAUGUGCUAGGCAGCUUCUCUUGCUUUCAGUCAGCAGCUUGGGAAUGGUUCUACAACUGUCCUUACCUAACAAGGUGAGCCCUCCCUGUUUCAGGAAGUUGGUUGGCCCUGUGUAUUACAGAGGCACAUGGGGAAAGAAUGGCAGAUGAAGUGUAUGCCUCAGAAAGUAACAAAACCGUACUUUUGACAAACUUCUUUAAUCCAGUGUGGUAGAAAAGGUACAACUCCAAUAAAUGUAUCACUGAAAUUUGAAUGUCA